AUGCUCCCACCAUCUCUCACUUCUCACUUCCCACUUCCAAGAUCGCUUGGUGUAGAGCAAGACUGGUGCGGAGGAAACAGGCGUGUGCGGAGGAAACGAGCAGAUCUGCGUCCACUCCAGGAAAGGCUGAAACGGAUGUGGGACAUUCAAAUUGGAAGGUAUAUUGUGACCAUGAUGAGCACUGGGGUCAUCCUUUCGAUCGGAUUUCAGAUGUCAGGUGGAGACAGUCAAAUGGAUGCAUUGAUUUGGUACAGUUGGUUAGGAGGAGUGAUCAUUGGAACAAUGAUAGGUGCUAACAUGGUGCUGGAGGAACAUUGUCGUGCUGGUCCGCGUAAUGUUGUCAUAACAGGGAGUACAAGGGGAUUGGGGAAAGCCUUAGCUCGAGAGUUUCUUCUUUCUGGAGAUCGUGUGAUUGUUCCCUCUCGAAGGUGGUGUUUCCAACUAUGA